UUGGCAGUUAUGGAUCGCAUUUGGCAACACCAUAAUGAAAUUUUAUCGCUGAUUUGUGCAAUUUCAUUCUCCUGAAGUGGUGAUAAAAACAGCAAAAAAAAUAGUAAUUGUCGAACAAAGCGCAUAGCAAAAACACGUGUGAGGGAUAGUGGACUGAUUUAGUAGCCGGAUUGAAUAAAAAGUUCCUGACAAAUCCGUGUAUUUACGUGAUUAUUGCGUCUCAAAAAUUUUGACAGAUUUCACAGUGGAAACGUAAACAAAAAAGCCCGGAAGCAAAAAGAACUCCGUUGCUAAUAGAAUUACAGUGAAAAGUGGGAGUUUCUCAUAGUUAUUCCUUCAGGACGGUCGGAUAGAUGAGAUCUGGAAUAAAAUAAUUGUUCCCGACCAGGCACAAAUUGUGAAAAAAAUGAAUGAAAAUUUGUAUAAGAAGUGAAUGAUCGCGUGUCCUUCAAGUUUUUGGAGCAGAUUUCUCUUAUCUUCCGGGAAGUUUUGGCUUGAAACUGACCCAGUGAGACAAGAAAAAGACCUAAGCUAAGUGAUUAAUUGUGGAGAAGCACAUGAAAAUUUGGGGCUAAUGCUCGUCAUUCCUCAUUGUGGCUGCUCAGUCAAUUGACAACUUGACUCACUUUGAUGACGAAAGUUCUACGCAAAUUAAAAGCUUCAGUAAAAUGUGAAAAUAAGCAUGAAGUAUCCAUUUUCUAGUUUGUCGUGCAAAUUUGUGAUAGCAGCUUUAACAUUUAGUUUCUUGGUCUUCUGUGCCGCUUCAAAGUCGACUCCUUCUCUGACCAAGUGGACAAAGGCAAACAAAUCCAGUGAAUUAGUCUCAAAGUACGGCUCUCAGUCAAAGAGUAUCUUCCGAGAUGCAUCGAGUAUAAAGGAGUUGUUAUUUUUAGAGAGACCUUCACAAGACAGAAAAUUCAUCUCAGAAGGUAAUUCAUCGACAGAUUCAUCAUCAUUUUAUGGCCAAAAGCCAGAUGUUGUUGAAUUGGAUUUUGAUAAAAAAUAUGAAAAUACAAUAGAAUUGCAUCUUAGUGAAGAUGAUGAGAGAAAUGUGACUGAAGAUGGGAUUGAAGAGAAGCAUGAAGAUGACAAUGGGAGUACUUUAUUGGACGUUAGUCCAGGAGAAGAUGAUGGUAGUUUGAUAGUAAAUGUGAAUCUUAAAUCAACAAUUGGAAUAACACCAACACAGCCAUUUGAAUUGCCAGAUAUUAAUGGCAUUGAGGAGAAUAUAAUUCCUGUGUUCUCAGAAUGGACACAGAAGCAAAUGGAGGAGGCUGAGAAGAAGUUGGAAAAGGAAGCGACAAAUUCGUCAGCAAUGAAGAAAAAUUCAACGGAUCAGGGUCCGUCAAUUAAGGUGAAAGUACGUGCCAAAAAUUAUGCAUCACCUGAUUGUGGUGCAAAGAUCAUAAUUGCCAAUCCGGAGGCUGAGAGUUCGAGUUCUGUACUAUCAGCAUCUAAGGAUGAGUACCUGUUGAGUCCGUGUACUAGCAAAAUAUGGUUUGUGGUGGAAUUGUGUGAGCCAAUAAGGGCAGAAAAGAUUGAAUUGGCCAAUUUUGAGUUGUAUUCUUCAUCACCAAAAGAUUUUAGUAUUUCUGUGAGUAAUCGCUUUCCCACACGUGAAUGGCUCAAUGUGGGUCAAUUUAUGGCUAAGGAUGAGCGUAAUGUACAAAAGUACAAUCUCAAUCCGUUAGUUUUUGGAAAAUUUAUACGUGUUGAGGUGAAUUCGCAUUAUAGUAAGGAACACUUUUGUCCAAUAUCACUUUUUCGUGUCUAUGGUACAUCGGAAUUUGAGGCAUUUGAAACGGAAAAUCAUCCAGAGAUUAUUGAAGGGGAUCUCUUGGAUGAUGAUGGUGACAUUGAGAUGGGUGACAAUAGAAAAAAUAAUGCAAAAAAUAAUAUUUUUAAAUCUGCCAGUGAUGCUGUUUUGUCAAUUGUAAAGAAGGCAGCUGAAGUAUUGGGAAAGGGUGAUGCUGCAGCAGAUACUAAUGCCACAGCAGAUACUCAAAUGCUCAAUUCAUCUACAGAAAAUUGCUUUACAUUUGCCUAUUUAGUUAACUGUGUCAAUUGUUCCAGGGAUUUUGUGGCACAAGUUACACAUUUGUUGAAUUGUAAGCACUCUUUUAUGCUCAAACUCCUCCAAAUGCCACAAAUUCAUGAGAUUAUUUACAAAUCAGGUGAAUGCAAGAGGUUUAUUGAUGUUGAUCUCAUGGAAAUGCCACAAAUUAAUUUGCAGAAAUUUAUAUACUAUUCCCACCUACUUCCACGUACAUACAUGAUAGCAUUGUGCAAUUUGGCGGCAGCUGUGGAAAAUUACAUUGGAUUCAAUCCCAAUCUCAAUAUUUGGAAUGAUUCUGUGACAAAUGCCAUUCCGGAAAAUGAAAAAUUUCUCACGGGAUUGGAGAAAUUUGACAAAGAUGUGGACAAAAUUAAAAUGAUUCCCCUUGAAGAUGAUAAAAUGUACACUCAUAACACCUCAAAAAAUGAUAUAAAGCCACAGGUUGAUGAUAAACCGGCUAAAGAUGCCCAAAAGCCACGAAAUGAUGGGAAAAAGCAGAAUAGUAGGGAUACGACGAUGACAAAAGAGGGCAAAAAGCCCAAUAAAAAAGAAUCUCAGGGGAAUAGUGAAGGAGCAAGGGGACAACAGCAUCAUCAUUCUGCACAAGAACAUGCUCAAUCUAAUGGAAAUGGGAAUCACAAUGGUAAAAAAGUUGUGGAAGAAGCCCAGAAAGAUGCCACAAAUGGUGAUGGAAAUCUAGUCGAAAGUGAGCCAACUGAGGUGAAUUUGUCACAACAAACUCAUGUGAACAACACGGAAAAUCGUUUGGAUGAGAAUGAACAAGUAGAUCAUAAGGUAAUUCCAUCUCAGAUGCCACAACAGCACGAUAGUAGCACAAAAGACAGCCCCAAUGGAGCAACCCAAGACAGUCAUAUGAACAACGAAGUUCCCAACAAUCUCCCAGCACAGCAAUCGUCUGCCCACAGUGAGAGUGUCUUCCUCCGGCUCUCCAAUCGCAUUAAGGCUCUCGAACGCAACAUGUCUCUCUCGGGGCAGUACCUGGAGGAGUUGUCCAAGAGAUACAAGAAGCAAGUGGAGGAGUUGCAGUCAUCAUUUGCAAAGGCCUUGCUGUCGAUUGAGGAGCAGAGUCGACGGUUCGACGAGAAGAAGGAAUUCAUGCUGCUGCAGCACGAAUCGCUGCGGAUUCAGUGUGAAGAUAUUAUGGACAAAAUCUGCAAAUUUUGCUUUGUGUUUGGCGUGAGCUUCACAUGCCUGCAGAUCCUCAUUAUCUACUUGUAUUCUAGGGCUUAUCAGCGGAUAAGUCGAAGAUGUAAGAUGCUCAUGGACUGUGUUAAACGGUCGCAGGCACAUGCGGAGGAGGAGUGUGUUGAAGCUAAGGAGAUCAAUUGUGAUGGGGUGUCACUGAAUUCGUCAAAAUCGAGUGAGGGUGGUGAGAAAGUGGGAAGGAUGACAGUGACUGAUAUCAAAGAGGAGGAUGAGAGUGUCCAAAAUGUCGAUAAUAAUGGUGAGGUGAGUGGAUCAAAUGCCAGUGGAUUGAGUACAAGGAUGAGUGAAGAUGAUAUCCCGAUUGAGGAUUUGAAUAGCAGUGAAUUGGAAUUGAGUGUGGAGAGUAGAAAAUCAGUCAAGAUUGGUUCAAAUCAUGUGGAAUCCCAAUCACCGGGUAGUGAGAAGAGUAGAAGUAGUUUCCCACUCAGAGAAACUAUUGCAAGGCGUCUCUCGUCGCCAGUUCUCUUUAAGGCAUCGCGAAAGAAGAGUCAACAUUCCAAUUUAGCGCCCAAAUCCAAAGAUACCAAACAAAAUUCCAACAGCAAUCACAAAGUCAAUCCAAAAUCCAAUUCAUUCAGUCCACAACUUCUCGCAAGGGCGUCUGGCGGUGAUGCAGGAAUUCCAGAUUUACCGGAUAGUCCAAAUAAUUUGGCACGACAAGUAGAUGAGCCACUUAUUAAAAAGACAGGUAGUUUCCGGCGGAUACUAAAGAAGGUAUUUUAAUAAUAACAAUGCGCUUUUAAAUACUCAAAAAUUCAAAAAAAAAUUAUUGUUGAAAAUGUUUUUGAGGCAAAAAUUGUGGAAAGAAAAACUGUUUUUUUUAAGGCUGCAUCUUUUAAAUUAUGUUUUUGCAAAAAGAAAACCAAAUCACAUCAUGCGUGUUUUUCUUUGGUAUUUAAUGGCUAAGUAAACUUCUUUGUCCUUGUUAAAAUCAUCUCAAUGUUCCCAUAAAAUAAUCUCAUUGGAAAUUCUUUCACUUCUCCUGCAAGAAGUGACAAGAAUGUGUUCAUUUUUUUGUGACUGAGAGAAUAUAAUAUUGUAUGAAAAAAAAUUAUUUAUUUAGCAAAAA